AUCAUCGUCCAUCGCCCAACGCCCAUCAAUCCGCCGACAACCAGUUGAGAGCCGUGACCGAUCACUACCGACAACAUGGCUACCGAACUUACCGUCCAGUCGGAGCGCGCCUUCCAGAAGCAGGGCAUCUUCCUCAACCAGAAGACCAAGGCCAAGUCCACGCGCCCUGGAAAGGGUGGCCGCCGAUGGUACAAGGACGUCGGUCUGGGUUUCCGCACCCCCAAGACCGCCAUUGAGGGCACCUACAUCGACAAGAAGUGCCCCUUCACCGGCCAGGUCUCCAUCCGUGGCCGUAUCCUCACCGGCACCGUUGUCUCCACGAAGAUGCACCGCACUCUCAUCAUCCGCCGCGAGUACCUCCACUUCAUUCCCAAGUACGCCCGUUACGAGAAGCGCCACAAGAACCUCGCUGCCCACGUCUCCCCCGCUUUCCGUGUUGAGGAGGGUGACCAGGUCACCGUUGGCCAGUGCAGGCCUCUGAGCAAGACUGUCCGCUUCAACGUCCUCCGUGUGCUUCCCCGAACUGGCAAGGCGGUCAAGAAGUUCAGCAAGUUCUAAUCGGCUCUUUGGCAUUUACGGCGUGUACGCGGUGAGGGUUCUGCUUUACGCUACCGGAUGGGCGGUCACCAGGGAACGGCAUCCGCAUGAUUUGUGCAAUAGAUGCAGAUCAGACCAAAAGAAUUCGAUCAGCCAAAACCAACGGAAGAUGGUUUCGACAUGUGAGGCACAACGGUUAUGGAUUGUUUGACGACUGGGACCAAAGGGUGGGAGAGGCGGAUCUGUGUCGCGUGCCAGCGCGCGCACCAGGCCAUGGUCAACUCCUUUUUUGGGGAAAGGGCGAUCUGGCUUGACGUGGAAUGACAAAACGACGGCUCGUUCAUCCU